AUGAUAAUCCCAGGUCUCACGGGCUUGGAACGACAUGAAGGUCUCAAUGUGGCUUUGCGCGGAUCUGACAGCCCUUGUAAAGGCCGGCUGGAGGUGUAUCAUGGCGUUAAGAAGCAGUGGGGCUUGGUGUGUCAUUACGGGUGGAGAAAGGAAAAUGGAGAGGUUGUGUGUAAAUCAAUAGGGUGUGGGGAUCAUACACGCUCUGAUGUAGACAGGACCCUCUACAAAGAUCCACCUCUGCCCCAACAAUACUGGAUGGAUCAAGUGAAAUGCACAUCUGGAGAAGAGAGCCUUUGGAAAUGCCUUUAUGUUGGCAUCAGUAACAAUGAGGAGUGUGAUGGUAGUUUUGUUGCUGUUGAAUGCUCUGGAGAAGUUAAACUGAGUUUGAAUCUGAAUGGACAGCGUGAUGUAUGUGCUGGUGUGGUGGAGUUCUCUACAGCCAACGGCAUCAUUGGGGUCUGUAAUGAUGAGUGGUCAAACAAGAUAUGUCAGGAGCUUGGUUGUGGAGAUCUUCAUUACAGUCCCAAGCCUGGAAUGUUCAAAGGACAACAGAGCAAACGAAAUGUAUUUCUUAAUUGUGUUGGCGAUGAGAAGUUCUCUUGGCAGUGUAUGGAGAGGUCAGACUGCCGGGAGCGAGCCAGUGUGAUCUGCAGCAAUCACAGGAGGUUCAGUCUACGAGAUGGCAGCGAUGCUUGCUCUGGGUUGGUGGAAGAGAAAACUGUGAAACAAAAAUCAUGGAAUCCUGUUCAGUCAGCAAAAGUGAAGCCUGAAGUCAUCUGUCCACAACUGAACUGUGGUUCCACUGGAAAAUUUACAAAUGGAACUAACAUCCUGACGUGCUCAGACCGCGUGAAACUCCAGAAUUUCACAACAGAGUGUUUUGGAGAUGUUUCCAUUGUUGUGAAUGGUAUUAACUAUGAAGUGUGCUACAGUGAGCAGGAUUCGUUUCAGUCCCGUAAAAAGAUGGGGGCGGUGGUCUGUCGAGAGCUUGGCUGUGAGGAAGAACUGAAGUUCUUUGAAGGUGAUUCUCCAUGCGAGGGAAAAGUGCGCAUCAAGCAAUUUUAUGAUAAGGCUGUCUGGCUGCCUGCAACACCAGAAAAAGCCAAUGACACAUGCAAAGCAAUGCAGUGUGGAACUCUGGUCUCCUUUGAGAAAAGCCAAACCACAGAUGCCAAAGUCAAAUGUUCAGAUAAACCUCCAAAAAUUAGGCUCUCAAACAACUGCACAGGCGAGGUGCUCAUAGAUGAAGAGCAUGUUUGUGCAUCCCGGUGGGAUGCUGGGAUGUCCAACAAGUUAUGUGACAGCCUCAAUUGUGGUAAGGCACUCUACAGCUGGACCACAGAGUCCAGAGAAAAAAAUACUUGGCAUUUCAGCUGCACAGGCAACGAGACAUUGAUGUGGCAGUGUGGCUCUAGAAAAGACAGCUGUGAGAACAUCCUCUCUGUGGCCUGCAAAGUUCAUGUUUGCAGAUAG